AUGCCCGGAUUUUUCAGUCGGAACAAGGAAGGCAAGCCCCCAAAGAUCGACAAGGCCAUCGAAUUCCAAAAUGAGAAAAUUCGCACAUUCUAUGUCGUGAACGAAGGCUGGAAAGGCCGCCAGGCCAAGAUCCUUGACGAGGACAACAGUACCGUCCUCUACGAGAUCGACUUCCGCUGUCGCCGACCAAACAUGACAUUCCGAGCGCCGGGUUCCACGGAGCCGGUCGGCACCAUCAGAUUCAGUCCCAUGACGCGGGCCAUCGAAGCAGGCACCCGCAACGGCACCAUCAGCGUCAAGAGCAAAAACUGGAAGUGCUGCGAUCUACCAUAUACGUCGCCUGCCUUCGAAGGACGGACGUUGACGUGGCAACGUCGCACUCCGUGGGUUGUCCUGGAUCACUAUCUCAUCGACGAGUACGGCAUGCCGAUUGCCCGUAUCAGGCCAAAGAACUGUGGCUUCAAGCGAAGUUGUGCCAUUGACUUCGUAAAUCGGGAUCUGUCACAAGAUGCCGUCGAGGAGAUCAUCAUGACCGGCUUGGCCGUCUUGGAGAACACCAAGUAUUAUACUUCUGCUGGUGCUUCCUCAGCUGCGAGCGCAGGCUCUAGUGCUGCAGUGGCUGUGUCUUAG